AAAAAAAAAAAAAAAAAUCACGAAGUGUUUGGGUGGCCAAGGGGCUUGGUGGGUAUCUAGCUAAAGCUUUUUGCCUCUCCAGGUCUGAUUCCCUGGCCUUUGUGUCCCUGGGAGCUUAAUCUCUGCCAGAGGAAAGCAGGUGUGCUCCAUCCACUCCUCCCGAGAACAUGAAGAUGAGUUGUCCCAGACCCUUCCCCGUGAUUGGAAACUUAGGUGGUUUCUUGUUUCGAGACUUCCACAGACGACUCUCGUGUUGGGAUCCAUCCAUGGUUUAGCGACAUUAGUGGAAAAGUUUUCUUCAACUGUUUAAUACUGACUUAAAUGUAGUUGUUAUAAAACUUUCAUAUUAGAUUUCAAAUUUUAUGUGAUUAAACUCAACGAGGGGAUACCCACGGCUUGUGGCCCUGAAAUGAUGAUGGUCCUGUUCUGUGCACAAGUUAAUUUCCACAGAAGUACCCCAAACACUAUCAUCUGUUGGGGCCAGCCCCAACUGAUGCCAAGUUUACUGCAUCUGGGACAUGUGCUUGGAUUUGCCUUAAUUGUGUUGUAGUUUAGUUAAUUUUGGCCCCACGAAGGAAAGUAUUUCAGAACUCAAGCAACUAUAAAGUUACCCAGAUCGAGAAAACGUGCUUCAGGGCCAUGUACUAAAUGUGUUAAAUGACCUUGCCAACAAUAUGGAUGAUUUGAAGAUAAACACUGAGGUUACUGGUGCUAAAGGAGAGCUCCAAGAUGACAAUUUCAUCUCAGAGAAAGACAGUGGUGUUCAUAAACCAAAAGAUUGCCAGACAUUUCAGAAGAACAGUGCAUUGACUCUGUCUGAAGAAUUGUCAGAGGCUCAAUCAGAACAAGCCUUAAGUGGAGUCCAGUCUGCUCUGUUUAUCCCUGCCGGCACUGCUGCUGUUCCUAGUGAAAACUUUACCGUGCCCACAGGGGCUGUUGCUAAUGGACCAGUUUCUCGCUCCUCCUCAACAAAGACUUGCAGUGUGAGUGAGGGCAGUGCUUCCCUAACCUCUGAACAGCCCACGGAGCAGCUAGCAGCAGACUCUUGCUCAACACUGAAGUCAGUCGCUGACCGUCAGCUGUCGACACCAUCAAAAGCCAGCCAGCACCCAGUUCUCUUUCUGUUAUCAGAUGCAGCGCAUACGAAGAGUCCAGCCCAUUCCAUUACGAAACUACCUACCUCUGCUCUAGUCGGUCGUGACGGUCAGAACCCAGUAGGGAAUAGCGUGAAGUCAGAGAGCACUUUACUAAGUCAAGCAGAGGUGGGUGGGGGUGACGCCACCGCCGCGGUGGUCAGAGAUGACCGCGUCAACGCGUUAGCAGCGAUUUCCUCAGGGACAGACGAAUUUAGGUCAGAAAAUGAUACAAACUGGGACCCCCAAAAAGAGUUCAUUCAGUUUCUUAUGACGAGCGAAGAGGCCGUGGACAAGUCCCCAGCUCAUUCUAAAGUCGUGGGUCUAGAAAAGAAGAGGAAGAGAAAGAUGGACGUGAGCAAAAUCACUCGCUACACCGAGGACUGCAGCGGUGACUCGGGCCGCGCACCCGGGAAGUCAAAAGUGCUGCAGGCUGACUUUCUAGGGCAAAGCGAGGAGACACAGGCCAUAGACUCACAGAGCUACACAUUGCCAAACGUGAAACCCGAGUCAGCUGACGGGGACCUGGAGGCCGUGGAUCCUUUUCAGCAUCUAGUUUAUAGCUCAGAUAAAUGUGGGGAGGGUAAUUCUCCUGUUCACACUCGCACUUUAGUUUCAAAUAGCGUAAAGAAGAAAUGUGAAGAGAGUGAUUCGGAGUCACCCGUCACUUUCAGUACUGAAGAGCCAUCCUUCUACCCCUGUACAAAGUGCAAUGUGAACUUUAGGGAGAAAAAGCAUCUCCACAGGCAUAUGAUGUAUCAUUUGGAUGGGAAUAGCCACUUUCGCCACCUUAACGUCCCCAGGCCAUAUGCCUGUAGAGAAUGUGGACGGACCUUUCGAGAUCGUAAUUCACUGCUAAAACAUAUGAUCAUUCACCAAGAAAGACGGCAGAAGCUGAUGGAGGAGAUCCGUGAGUUGAAAGAGCUCCAAGAUGAAGGCAGAAGUGCCCGUCUGCAGUGCCCUCAGUGUGUGUUUGGUACCAAUUGUCCUAAGACGUUUGUGCAGCACGCUAAAACCCACGAGAAAGACAAACGGUACUACUGCUGUGAGGAGUGCAACUUCAUGGCCGUGACAGAGAGUGAGCUGGAAUGUCAUCGCGGCACUGCCCAUGGGGCGGCCGUCAAGUGCCCUGUCGUCAGUUCAGAAGUAAGCCAGAGAAAAACACAAAAAAAGACAGUGAAAGACUCUGUUACAGGGUCCAGAAAGCCAGCUCCAUACCUGUGUAAGAUGUGCCCCUUCACGACUUCAGCCAGAAGCAUUCUGAAGAAGCACAUGGAGUAUUUGCAUUCCUCGCCGUGCAUGGAUUCCUUUGGUAAUCCUCUUGGACUUGACAAAAGAAAAAGUGACAGCCUUGAGGAGUCGGUGGAUGUCGACAGCACCAAGUCAUUAGCUAAACAGCAGUCCAGUACGUUUCCAAAGAACUCUGCUUUAAAACAGGAUGCUAGGCGCACAUUCGGAUCCAGCCCACAGUCAAGUACUUUUUCAAAAUUUCAUAAGCGGCCACAUCGAGUCCAGAAGGCCCGGAAAAGCGUUGCCCAGUCUGGUGUAAGUGCAUGCAGUCAGAGCAAGUCUCCUCAGAAGAACGCUGUGGCUAGAAACAGCACUGACCAAAACCCAAAGUAUUUCCAUCAGGCCCCAAGAGAAGAACCCAACGCCAAGGCAGACGGCGGUUGUUUAUAUAGAUACAAGUGUGACGACUACCAGACGGUCAGAAAGUCAGGUGAUUCAUACCCACUUCCUCUCAAAAAAGAGGUUAGCACAUUAAACUCUUUACAUCUGUUUUCAUCAAGUAAUUCUCAUAAUAAUUUUAUUUCAGACCCUCAUAACCCAGAAGCCAAAAGGCCAGAAAACGAGAAAGGCCACAAGCGUGUGGCUGUGAAAAGAGUGCUUAAGGCCUCAAAGGAAAGCUCUGGUGGAGAGGACUUGGAUAGCUACCCCGACUUUCUGCAUAAAAUGACUGUUGUUGUUUUGCAGAAGCUUCAUUCUGAUAAGAACGAUAGCUAUGAGACAGAAGAUGACAGUCCCUGGGAUAACGUGGAGCUAGGUGACUACACAGCACAGGCCAUGGAAGAAGAUGCCUACGGUGACCUUACUGAAGAGCACGUAAACUUACUGCCCCUAUUGAAAAGCAAGAUGGAAGGCCAGGGCCCUGGAGACAGUGCUGCCCUGAGUUACGAUCAGAAUGACGGCUUCUACUUUGAGUAUUACGAAGACGGUGGCACUAACAACUUCUUACAGGAUCUACAUGAUCCUCCGCAUUUGGAAAGCUCAGACACGCCUUUGUCCAAGCAUAGUUCUGUUUUUCAUUGGACUGAUUUGUCUCUGGAGAAGAAGUCCUGUCCUUACUGCCCAGCAACAUUUGAAACCGGUGUUGGGCUGUCAAAUCACGUCCGCGGACAUCUUCACAGAGCAGGUUUAAGCUACGAAGCCCGUCAUGUUGUGUCACCAGAACAAAUAGCCACAAGUGACAAGAUGCAGCAUUUCAAAAGAACUGGCACAGGGACGCCCGUGAAACGAGUUAGAAAAGCUAUAGAGAAGUCUGAGACUACUUCCGAACAUACUUGUCAGCUCUGUGGUGGUUGGUUUGACACAAAGAUUGGGUUAUCAAAUCAUGUCAGAGGCCAUCUGAAAAGACUUGGGAAAACUAAGUGGGAUGCUCACAAGUCCCCCAUCUGUGUUCUGAAUGAGAUGAUGCAGAACGAAGAGAAGUAUGAAAAGAUCCUGAAGGCGCUCAGCAGCCGCCGCAUUAUCCCCAGACCAUUCGUAGCUCAGAAACUCUCCUCAGAUGAUGACUUCCUUUCUCACAGUGUCUUACCUCUUGAUGAAUACCACAAUGGCCUAAAGACAGAGGCUCUCUCAGUGUCUGCAUCAGAGGAAGAAGGGCUGAAUUUCUUAAGUGAGUGUGAUGAAGCAAAGCCUGACCUGCCCAGUGGGAAAAAGAACCAGUCUCUCACACUGAUAGAGCUCCUUAAAAGCAGGAGGAUAGGAGAAGAAAGGAACUCGGCUCUGUCUCCUCACAAGAUCCAUAACCAGACAGCAAGGAAGAGAUUUGUUCAGAAAUGUGUUCUUCCAUUAAACGAAGACAGUCCGUUGAUCUAUCAGCCACACAAAAUGGACUUGACUGUGCACUCAGCCAUAGAUUGUAAGCAGAAGAAAUCAAGGUCAAGAUCUGGAAGCAAGAAGAAAAUGCUAGCGUUACCUCAUGGUGCUGACGAGGUUUACAUUCUCCGAUGCAGGUUUUGUGGCCUAGUCUUUCGGGGACCAUUGUCUGUUCAGGAGGACUGGAUUAAGCACUUACAGCGGCACAUUGUAAACGCUAACCUUCCACGGACUGGAGCUGGCAUGGUGGAAGUCACAUCACUACUUAAAAAGCCUGCCUCUAUCACAGAAACGUCGUUUUCCUUACUGAUGGCAGAAGCAGCAUCAUAGAACCAGGAAUCCUUUUCAGUAGCAUAUUUCAUUGGAUGUAAAUUUAAAAUUUGUCUUUUUUUUUUUUUUUUGGUAAGCCACAUGAAAGUAUCCAUUUAUAAAUACUAAAGUAGGAAAAAUGGGGAACCCUAAAUUAGAGUGAUAUCAGAGCAAACAAUACUUAAGACAGACAGUAAGUAGUCUGUAUAUUUUAUAUAGGGUGGGAAUGUGUUUAAGGUUUACUAGGUUUUGUUGGCUGAGUUUACUCAGCCGAAGGUCCUACAUCUGAGAGCCAUCUGUAAAGUAUUGCACAUGAAUCCUUACAGACAGACAGACUUACUGAAAGAUUAUGUUCUCUGCAGUGUUACCAGAAUCAAGGCUCUGGUUUUUCCCCACACUUACAUAGAAAAAUAAGAUAUUAUAUUUUGUUGGUAUGUAUUUAGUGUUUUGUAUAAUACCAGGAACUGCUAACUAAAUUUACUCAACUUAGGGCAUUAAAUAUCAUGUACUUCAUAGUUUGAGACUGUUCCCCCGAAUAGGGCAGAGUAUUCUAUUCUAUCUAGAUGUGUAAGUGUUUUUUUUAAAUCAUAAUGGAACGGUUUUUUUUAAUAUAUAUAUAUACAUAUAUAUAUAUAUACUAAAAAGUCGGAGGGAGAUUUGUUUAAACGAGUAUUUCUAAGAGAAAUAUUGUACAUAGUCCUGGCGAUUACUUGUGGUAAGGAAAUGUCCUUUAAUCCAGUUGCAUUUCUCAGACAAUGAAGUGGUGCGCCCUGCUACCUCCUACUUUGUCAACAAAGAUGCUAUUAUUACCCUCUCCAUUUUGUACCAUAAUAGAUUUUAAAAAUCUAAUGUUCUUUAUUGCAAGACAUGCUUUUGUUAACAGAUUUGUUUCUUUGUAACGUUUUACGUACAGUUUGACAUGCUCACAGGACAGGGUUGUCUCUUUAUUUAACAUUGUAGAUGUGUAAUUAAUAAACAAGGCUCACUACACGAUUUAGAGUAGGCUUCCUCAUUUAUGUUCUCUUCCAAAUUCGAUCAGUUAGCAAAACUAUUAAUACACAAAAUAUUUCUACAUAUGAUGAGAAUGUUUACAAUUUCAGUUUAGAGCUUGUUUUGGAUGUGAUUAUUCUAUGUAUGAAAAUUGUGUAACACUAUGCUCAUGCUAAGACCGACAUAACGGAGUUUACUGAAAUAAAUGUGCUGUGAGGAAUGCACAGUGUGGUGCAGGUGUCUUGGUCAUGGUAACCUGUGACGAUUCCCUUGAUCACUGUCCAAAGCAGCUGAGCUCCUUCCUCUACAACGGGCGCCGCUUACAAACAGCAGUUUGUGUGCAUGCGCCGUCCCACGCCAUUCCACGGAGUUGCUGAUGUGGUUGCACCGAGGCUCUGCAUUCGUACUUUUCACCAUCUGUAAAUACAUCCAGACAGUUACACGGAGGAGUGCUUGGUGUCGAGUAAUACAUACCUCACUGCCAGUGAGACUGCUUUCCUAUGGUAUAUCUCCUUGCCAGAAAUCACUAAAUAAAGACUUCAAGAAUUACAGUGCC